AUGCUGCUGCUGGGAGAUCUAACAAAGGAGAAGCGUACAGGUGACGGAGAGGCUGGUUUGCCUCACCAGUCUGACAUAGAGAUGACCAACUACGCCUUUCAAACCGAUGAUAUGGCGGCGGUCGACGAAGGAAGAAGGAGCACCGGGCAGCCAUCAACGCCUCCCACAGCUACAGGGCUGGAGACCACCGGUUCUUCCGGUCUACCUGAGCUGAUCUCGUGUGUGAAGGAGAUGACCAAGGCGGUUAAUAACCAAACAAAGGAGCUGGGAGAGCUGGCCAAAGCCAUGAAGAACGAGGAGGAGGUGUCUGACUACACCCUGCUGGCUAAGGUCCUGGACAGGCUCUGUCUUGUCAUGUACAUCAUCAGCAUCGUGAUUACCAUUCCUAUGACCAUGUAUUUGAGCAAGUAAAGACCUGUCAGAAAAAUUGAUGAAAUGAAAGAGUUGUGUAACCAAACCGAAACACCUGGUUUAUAUGCAAGAUAUCACGUAACGUAGAGUGUAAAAGAUGGUCUA